AUGACGACACGACAUGCGCCCACACCCACCGUACCCAGACCCCCUCGGCUGACCGACGCUCCCCUCACCCUGCCGAAGCUCGGCUCUCCACGCAACGCCCGCGACGACGACAGACGCCAUCAGAGGUACGACCCUCCUCCUGCAGGAUGGCCCAUCAGGUCCUUGGGCUGUUUCUACAAGGUUCAUGUGAGGGCAAGAAGAGGCCAAGCCACUGACAGCCACAGCCUAGCCGAGAGGGUGAGAAGAGAGAGGAUUAAUGAAAGAAUGCGCUGUUUACAAGGCCUGGUUCCCGGCUGCUACAAGGCCAUGGGCAUGGCCGGAAUGCUCGACGAGAUAAUUAACUAUGUACAAUCACUGCAGAACCAAGUUGAGUUCCUUUCGCUGAAACUUUCGGCUGCAAGCUCCUUCUACGACUGCUGCUUCGACAUGGGCAUGGAGACUCUCUCCACACCACAGGCAGGUGAUGGGCAGGAGACAGAUGAGGCAGCUGUGAGACCGGUGGGAGAGGAGUAUGGGGGUUGUACCACCGGCUUUCCUCUGUAGUUUGUCCUUUCGCAUCUCUCUCUCUCUUUUUGCUUCGACUGCCAUUUCUGAUUACAUCUACUCGUGCAUGG